CCGGACAAAAAAAUUCGAGACCUUGACCUUGUAGACUCCGAUCAUGGCGUACCAGUUACCACCAGACCAUUUUCAAAACCCAAAUCCCCGUAACUCGAAACCAACCAGAAAUUCUGAAGAAGCGGAAUGGAACCAGCGAAAUCCGUCAGCCUUGGCAGCUCCCUCCUCGUGCCUUCCGUCCAGGACUUGAUCAAGACCCAACUCGGCGUCGUCCCGUCCAGAUACUUACGCCCUGAUCAAGACCAACCCAUCGUUUUCGACGCCGAUGUUCCGAUUGUUGAUUUGGAGAAGCUGAUCGAUGAAGCCACCAUGGAUUCCGAGCUCGCCGUCCUUCACUCCGCCUGUAAAGAUUGGGGCUUUUUCCAGUUGGUAAACCAUGGAGUGAGCCCUGCCCUGUUGGAGAACAUGAAGACCCAAGUCCAGGAAUUCUUCAACCUGCCAAUGGAGGAAAAGCAGAAAUUCUGGCAAUCUCCAGGAGAUGUGGAAGGUUUCGGACAUUUAUUCGUUGUAUCGGAAGAGCAGAAGCUCGAUUGGGCCGACCUCUUCUUCCUCGUCACUCAGCCUCCCGACCUUAGAAAGCCUCACUUGCUCCCAAAGCUUCCCCUUCCAUUCAGAGAGACACAUUGGAGAACUACUCCCUCGAGGUAAGGAACCUGGCAGCCAAAGUACUGGACCAAAUGGCCAAAGCCCUAAAGAUGAAACCAGAGGAAAUGAAGGACAUCUUCUCAGGGAACAUAAGGCAGGCAAUGAGGACCAACUACUACCCUCCGUGCCCGGAGCCUGACAAAGUGAUCGGCCUGACACCUCACUCCGACAGCACCGGCCUCACGAUCCUCUUACAAGUGAAUGAAGUUGAAGGCUUGCAGAUCAAGAAAGACGGGAGUUGGGUGCCGGUCAAGGUCCUUCCCAAUGCGUUUGUGGUCAAUGUGGGCGACAUCGUUGAGAUCAUAACGAAUGGGGUGUACCGCAGCAUCGAGCAUCGUGCGACGGUGAACUCGGAGAAGGAGAGGCUGUCGAUUGCUAGUUUCCACUCUCCUAGGUUUGAUGGGGAGAUUUACCCCGCACCGAGCUUGGUGACCGGAGAGUCGCCGGCACUGUUCAGGAAUGUGAGUGUUAAGGAGUACUUGAAGGGGCUGUUCUCUCGUGAGCUUCAGGGGAAGUCUUACCUCGAUACAUUGAGAAUCUGAUGACUGAUGAUGUGUGGAAAAGGUUCCAUGUAAAGUGUUAUUUUGGGUUUGCUUGCUGUGGUUGUACUUGUAAAUGUUCAUCAGAAAACAGAAGAAUCUGACGAGAGUCGUGAAAUAAACGGAGAAACAUAAAACAAUUUGAUAGUAAUACGAAAAAAUACGUACGUUCAUAUGUAUGCGUUGCGUAUUAAACAGAG